UUAUUCCUUGUAAAAGGUUUCAGUUUGGUGUUUUAACAUAUUAACACCUGUUUUGUUGCCAGAAAAAAAGGGGAGAAACCUAUUAUUACAUUUUGGUACUGGCAAAGGAGGUCCCAUGAGGCCUUUAGAUGUUACCUAAAAGUUAGAGUGCAUUCGAUGUUGCACACCGAGGGGGCGACAGCAGAGAAAUCGACAUAAUGUAUGUAUUGUAUGUCAAAAUUCUUUCGCACCGUACGUAGAUAACCGUGCUAAAUUAUGUGUUCGGCGUCACUGGAGUGACGUAACCGUCGCGCGAUGACGUCACUGCAGUGACGUAACCGUCGCGCGAUGACGGUGACGUGGUCGGACAAUGCACGGAUUAAUGCACGGAUCACUUAUACUGAAUGAAGUUGUGCUGCUGCAUUGGCAGUGGUACACAAGUAGCAACAGCAAACUCAACGCAGUCGUCAAUAACAACACUGUGUGUGUGGCCUUAAAAGGAAAGAUACACAAGGCGACGUUUCGGGCAAUGGUCCUUUUUCAAAGCACGUAUAUGCCAUAAAGAUACAUGCAAUUUAGCAGGGCCAUUGCUCCAAACAUCUCCUGUUAAUAUAUUGUUUUCCUUUCAAGGCUACACACACACGGUGUUGUCAUUGACGAAUGUGUUGAGUUUGCUUUGUUAAUCAAUUUAGAUCGCUAAAAACGCUGCGAAUUGAUUUGACAAUUUAACACUCAACGCUUCGCCCACUUGAUGUAGGUCCCGCCCCUUUGCUACUUUAAGCCAAUCUAAAUUGAGAAUUUAGACUCCCUACUUGUAAGCCCCGCCUUCUCUAUGUCGUUAACCAACCAGAAUGGAUGCAUUAUGCUCAACCUCCGUUUAAGUCCUGCCCUUCAUCCCAGCCAAUGGAAAUGGAGAUUUAUUACCCCGCCUACUCGCUGUCAGCACCGCCCCUCGGUGAGCACGCCAGCCAAUCAGGAGGCAGCGAGGCGGUGGCCCGCGAUCAGUUGCUCCGCACGCACCUGGCACCGUAUCGGAGUAGAACCCGGAAUACGAGCUCUGCAGCUCCACACAGGUGAGCGGAUGGAGGUACACGCAGACUACGAGCGUUCAAAUGUGGAGGUGAUUAAGUGCGUGGUGGUCGGGGACAACGCAGUGGGGAAGACUCGCCUGAUCUGUGCCCGGGCCUGCUCCUCGGCGCCCCCCACACACGCCCAGGCCGGCACGCACGUGCCCACCGUGUGGGCUAUAGACCACUACCGCGCGUGUCCUGAGGUGCUGGAGCGCUCGCGGGGCAUGGUGGACGACGUGAACGUGUCCCUGCGACUGUGGGACACGUUCGGUGAUCACCACAAGGACAGGAAGUUCGCUUAUGGACGGGCGGACGUGGUGGUGGUGUGCUUCUCCAUCGCGAGCCCCGUGUCCCUGGCGCACGUGCGCUCCGUGUGGAUACCCGAGGUGCGCCAGUUCUGCCCCCGCACGCCCAUCCUGCUGGCGGGCCUGCAGCUCGACCUGCGCUACGCCCACUUGGACACACUCAACCGCGCCCGCAGGCCCUUUUGCAAGCCGCUGAAGCCGAGCGACCUGCUCCCCCCGGACCGGGGGAGGGAGGUGGCACGGAGUUUUGGGCUACCCUACUAUGAGGCCAGCGUGAUGGCGGGGGGCGUGGGAGGCGCGGGGGGUGUGGUGGAGGAGGGAGCCGGAGCCCCCCAGCACCAUGGGGUGCGGGACAUCUUCGACAACGCGAUCCGAGUUGCUCUUCUUGCUCGGCGAGGUCUCCACUUCUGGAAAACUCAGCUCAAGCGAGUGAGGCCUCCUCUUCUGCAGGCGCCGUUCCUCCCCCCAAAGCCGCCUCGUCCCCAUGUGGAGCCUCCUCCUCCUCUCCCCACGCCAUCCGCCCUCUCCCCCCGUCCGUCUUUGUCUCCCUCGAACGGCGCCGCGGGCACCGUCACCUCGUCGUCAUCUUCGCCCUCCUCCUCUGCGUUAGCGGCGGAAGCGGCAUCGUCCCUACCCUCGUUCCUGCUGACGGAGACCGCCGCCACGAUGGUGGAGAGCGAGCGGGCCGCCGACGUGGUGUUCGAGGUGGCAGGCGAGCGGGUGUAUGCGCACAAGGUCUUCCUCGCCAUGGCCUGCUCCAAGUUUCAGGAGCUCUUCACCAGCGAAUUUGCUAAUCAGAUUGCGGCACAAGAUGGCUGCCAGGGUACCAACGAUGGAGGAGGAGAUGGAGCGCAUGCCCAGGAUGGAGACAGCGCCAGCAGCCAUGCGCGUCCCAGCGGGAGAGACCCGCACUGGAGCCGCGCCAUUGUGAACGUUCGCCAAGAGAUGGUGGACAACGGCUUCUACCAACAGCAGCAGCUGCAGCUUGGCGCAAAGUCUCGGCACCGCCUCGUGGUGUCGCUGGGCUCCUCGUUCCCACUCGACGCGUUCCUCACGACGCUUCACUUCCUCUACACGGGGGAGCUGCGUGAUGAGGAGGCGUGGGCGCGUGGCUGGGACGCCCUCAACGAUGGCGGCGAUGAUGCCCACGAAGAUGACGCUGAUGACGGUGAUGGAGGAGGAGGCCAUGGAGACAUCGAUACAGGAGGGGGAGGCGAUGGAGAUGGGGGCAGCGGUGGUGGUGGUGGUGAUGAUGAUGAUGACAACGAUGAUGAUGAUGAUGAUGGGGAGAUGUUCAGAACGAACCGCAGGAUGUUCCAUCGGCGCUACUCAUCCCGAUGGCACAGACCCAUCGACAAGGAGGUGGCGCGCACACGGAGAGGCCUGGGGGCACAGGGAGACUCGGGGGUCGGGUGUGUGGGGGGGGGCGUAGGGCUCAGUGGGAUCGGGCCCCCCACCCUACACGGACAGCUGCUGUCAGAUCUGGAGCGGCGCGUGGUGCGACGCGUCUCGGCGCUGCGCUCCGUGGCCGCCGUGGCCGAGGCGCUGGAGGUGUUCGACCUCCGCGUCAUGGUGGGCAACGAGCUGCAGAGCGAGGCUUUCAUGAACACCGAGGUCACGCGUGCCUUCCACACGCGGCGCGCCAACCGUCUGCGUGACCUGCUGGCACGCGGCACGCUCGCCGACGUGGUGUUCCGCACAGACAACGGGCUGGUGCCUGCUCACAAGCCCCUGCUCAUCCCCAGCUGCGAGUGGAUGGCUGCCAUGUUCAGUGGAGCCUUCAUAGAGAACUUCCAGGAUGAGGUGCGCCUCCCCGGCACGUCGCGUGCGUGCGUGCGUGCACUUCUGGAGUACCUCUACACACGCCACGUGACCGUCUCCCACGAGCUCAACCUCAUGGAGCUCAUCGGCAUGGGAAACCGCCUCUGCAUGGCCCGGCUCGUCCACCUGGCAGAGUUCCACAUGGUGCGCCGACUGGAGGCCUUGUCGGACGCCAACAAAGACAUAAACCGUGAAGUGCUCAUCUCUCUGGAGCUCACCCAGCUUCACAAUGCUGAGCGGUUGGCUGGGUGGUUGCGUCACCACGUUUGCACCAACUUCAACACCGUGUGCCGCGAGUAUCCUGUCAAGAUGAUGAAAAUGUCUGCCGAGAAUAUGGCGGUGUUCGAAGCGGGCCGCUGGCCACCCGUGUGGUACCUGAAGGAGGAGGACUUCUUCGUGCGCGCGGCUCGCGAGCGCGAAAGCCAGGAGCACACUGCGCCCAAGACUCGCCCCGCCUACCGCUUCUGCUUCUGGACCCUGGGGGCCCGCGGGUCGCACCACGCCAGCCAGGACUCCCUGCUGCAGUGAGCAGAGAUGGGGUGGAGAGGGGCGAAGACAGCGGAGAACGAGGAAAAGGGGGAGAGGGGUAAGCCUCGCCCUCUGUUGCUGGUCUAGCGGGCAAGCGCAUUCACCGCUCGUUGCAGAGGCUCGCGGUUGGAGUCCCAGAGGCUGCCCCGGUUAAUACUGCACCAUCUGCUUCACAGUGGAUGUUAAAGACCCCCUGAUGGCAUUUAAAGAAGAGUAGUCAUAAUAGUCGGCCAGUGUAUGCCGGCGCGACAGUCCAAAUUAGAAAAAUUACAAAUGACUACCUUUGUAAACAUACGGCAACUGUCACCCUCGACCGCAACAACUUUGUGGGAUGCCUCCACUGCAAUGAGCUCGAGAUCACCUCUCCACAGGGUGCUAGGCCUACUCUUUUGCACUGGCCAGACAUCUUGGAAUAUGCGGGAGUUACCCACGUUUUACCCCACCACUCGCGACCUGUUGGCCAACUGUGUGGUUGAGCUCAUUUAUGCUGCUGGGUGGACAGAGGCGGCAUGGGGAUGAGAGGGGUGUGAGGUGGAAUUGAAGAAACUUGCUUCAACUGCAGUGCCAGGAGAUGGAAUGGAAAACUGGCCCUCUGGAUCACAACUUAAGUGUGACGACCAUGACACCAGAGCAGCGUCCAUACUCGACUGGUUAUCGAUUCGUUGAAGUAUUGCUUUGCGUAUCUAUGAGCCCUUUUUGCCAGUAUCAAAAAAU